UUUUGGUGAGGUUCAUGCUGCUUUUCAUGGCUUUUUGUUGGUAAAAUAUAUUUUAGUUAAUACUGCUUUUAUGACCAUUUUAUUAGUUCCCAUCUAAAGUUAGUCAUCCAAAUUUGUUCUUUACAGUCAAGCAACAUUCAAACUUGAAUCAUUUAAAAAAAGAUCUGUUUCAAAAUAACAAUCGGACAUCACUAGUUUGUAGUUUAGGUUAUCAAUCAAAUCAGUGGUCAGUGUACCACAAAAGUGUUUGUCCAGCGGUCGGCUCCUCUGAUGACAGAGAGACUCCCUCUCUGGUUUGUGUGUCAAUGCUGGCGCCAAUGCUGGGGGGAUUGGCUUUGUGUAUGUAUGCAUGUUUAGAUAUAUGUGUGCAAGUCAGGGAGAGGGCAGUAUGGCUUUUUGUAUUUGAAAUGGUAAAUUAGCAGUUUCCAACCCUCCCAGUAAAGCCUUCCCUUUGUUUAAACCUUAAUGUCAUCGUAAAUUAAAGGGUUGAUAUCCUCAGUUUCACAUUUUUUUUUGGUCUCUUGAUCUUUAUGUUGCUCUUACUCUUUCAUAAAGACAAACAUGAAGCACAGGAAAUGAAUUCAGGUGUCAGAGUCCAGCAAGGUUGGUUGGUAGACGGUGACUAGUUAAACAAUGGGUCAAUCAAAGAGAGUUACAGACCUCUGUUUAAUAAUGUGUACUGUCUAACAGAACCAUCUUCCAUGACAGAUAACCAGUGAUCUUAAUUAGUUUCCAACAACACAGCAGGGUGCUCAUCACUAUACAGUACAGUGGCUCCUCACAGCUCAGAACAAAUUCAUUCUGUGCGCUUCGCAUGAUUUGAUGCUUUGGAACUUUUAAAAAUUAAGGAAAAUGUGUAGUUUGAUUAUUGUAAAUGAAAGUUAGCAACAGAGUUGAGUAAACAACCAGCUGAGUAAAGCAGAUCACUGAAAAAGAAAACGUGUGUUUGCUGGGUUGCAUUUUUUAAAUAAAGGUCAUCUUUACAUUUUUGUGGUGCAAGAAAGCGCCAAGAGCCAUGUGUGCAAACCAAAAAAAGAUUAUACCUAAGAUCAAAUGUGUAUUUGUGCAUAAAGGACUAAGUAAUUCAUGCAAGUUACUUAUCAGGAUCCUAUCACAUUAUUUUGAGGGCCUGAGUUGAGGAGGUAUAAUUAGAAAGUGAUAUUUGAGAGGCAUUUCCAAAGCAUGCUCAAUAAAUGUGCAUAACCUGAUAUGAUUUAAAGUGCCUCAAAGAUCUUGCCAAAGUCAGAUCCGUGUUCUAGGAGUGGGAGUCAUGAGUUUGAUUUUGGCUCGCUUUGUGUAUUAAUCCCAAUUUGACUGUCACCCCAUAAUUUCCUAUCAUCUCUGUAAAGCGGACCACCACCAAAAAGAGAUCUUUGAAAUUGCACAAUGUUCCUCUAGGCUGCCCUGACUUUAAAAAGUAUGUAAAGUUCCAGUUCAUGUCAGGGUAUUUCUGAAGAAGAGCCUAUUUACUUUCAUUCUGGACAAGUUUGACUGCCUUGUAAAAAAAAAAAGUGUAAAAUGGGAAAAGUGAGUUUGUAUUAACCCCUUGUCAAGAGAGUGAGUGAACAUUCAACAUCUGGAGAAGUCUUUUGAAAGUUUUGAUUAACCAAAAAAUUGUUUUGCUGUGUUGAUUAAUCAGAGCACAGUUAAAUUCUGUUUAUACUUAAUGUUAAUCGUGAUUCACAGUUUCCCACUUUGUGCAGCUAAAAAGCCAUUUAGACAGCUGAUUAUGAUAUAAAGCUGAAUCCAGAAUUUGUGCAAUCAGUGUCCUUGUACGUUUUAUUCAGGCUGAUUUAUUGAGGGCUCUGGCUUUGUCUUAAUUUGGUGUCUCAAGGCUCUCUCCGGGCUCGUAAUUGUCAAUUUAAUUUCACAGGGACAUUUCACUAAAUUUUUAUGGUCAUAUUUGCAGGUGCAGGUCAUUGGUAUGAAAUGUGUUUUUUUUUCUCUCUCCCUGAGCUGGUCGACAAACCUGUUCUCUGUCACUGCCAGCACUGAACUACGAAGUUGAGAGUAAUUGGGGACCUUUCAAACAUGAGGUCAUUAGCAUUGGAGAUAUACCACACCUAGAAUCAAAAUGAAAACAUUUCUGUUGAUAUUCGUGCUGGAAGUUUAUAAUUAAAGCUUGGAAGGCUAAUUAGUUGGAUUAUUAAGGCAUGUUGAAGGAAUGUGCCUCUAAUGGAAAAUAGAAACAUGUGAACCGCUCUGUUUUUUCACUCUUUCAUGCAGUUAUUUUCUGAUCAUGUCUCUGCUAAUAUAACCCUCCGUGUUUAUUUCCCCUCAUGCACUCAUUAGAAAUGAAAACAUUGUGCACGCUUUUGCUCGCAGGUCUUGGACAGAAGUGCAUUGUAUGUGUUUGUAAGUUCUAUCAGGGAUUCCAAAAAGAGGGAGGGUAAGAGAUCAGCAAGUCGAAUAUUAUCCUUAGACAUGGUCAUUGUUGCCAGAAUAUCGAAGCCAGGGCCACAGUCUCAAAGCAUGCUGGGAGUUGCAUGCAUUCCACUGUAUCCACAUCAUUUUGGGGUUGCGGGUAAGAUGGGUUCACUGUCUGAUCAAGACUCAUCGGUUAACAAAUUAACUAAUUCACUUUUCGUUUUUUAGCUCUUCACCAUGACUGCUCAUAAACUUUCAAUUGUGGUAGCCCACUAAUUAGUAUAUACUGUGAGGACACGCACAUGCUGACUUCAGGCACCAGAGAAUAAGUCAGUAGUCAGACACAAGCGCUAUUGGCAGCCAAAGAUGUGGUUUUGUUCAAUUCACCAGACUAACAUAGUGGAAUGCAUUCAUAUUCUAGCAGUCAUUUAAAUGGCAGUAUACAGAUGGCAAUUAUGUCAGAUAAUUUCUUCUCCACCUACACAAACAUACUAAUGCUUUAUGAAGACAUCAUUCUGUAGUUUAUAACCUUUCUGCUAUACCUUUCCAGAGACAUAUAAAUUGCUAGUGUAAUUCCAGUGUCUGAGGGUUUCUUCCAGUCGCAGAUGACCAGUCAGGAUCCACUCUGGCAUGAAGGAAUGAUUUGGAGUGCAGCUGAGCCAUGGUGUCUGGACUGUCGUCGAGGGGAGUGGAAGUUCACCUGAUGGAGAAUACACAGGAGCUGAAUGAACAGAGCGUGAAGAAAUCUACCACUGAUUCCCAUGCUCCAGACCCAGUAGACAACAGGGCCUUGGACAUGCAGGAUCUAACAGACCCGCAGCACUCUGUUAACAGUGGCAGUGACGGCUCAUCCAAACUGGACAAAAACAUCCUCAGCAACAACAUCACGACCAAUGGAACCGGAGGAGAGAACAUGACAAUUCUAAACACGGCUGAUUGGCUGCUGGGCUGCAGUACCCCGCCCACUGCCCCAAGUAUGAAGAACGAUGUUAAGUCUGAGCCUCUGAACAGCAGUGAGACUGUGAGCUCGGCGGGAGACACUGGGCUGGACACUUACACUGGGUCAGUUAUAAGCAGCAGUGGAUUCAGCCCUCGGCCGACUCACCAGUAUUCACCUCCUCUCUACCCCUCAAAGCCUUACCCCCACAUCCUGUCUACUCCCGUGGCUCCUCCCAUGUCGGCCUACACGGGCCAAUCACAGUUCACUAGCAUGCAGCAGUCGACAGUUUACACGCCCUACUCUCAAACUACUCCACCCUACGGCAUCUCCACCUAUGAUUUGGGGGUGAUGUUGCCAGGUAUAAAAACAGAAGGAGGGCUGACACAAACCCAAUCAACCCUCCAAUCAGGGCUCAGCUAUAGCCCUGGAUUUACCACUCCUCAGCCCGGACAGACAGCAUAUUCACCCUAUCAGAUGCCAGGGUCAGGUUUCACAACCUCUCCUGGUCUCUACACAUCCAACAACUCCAAUCCAGGCAACUUCACCACACAGCAGGAAUAUCCCUCCUAUGCAGCUUUUGGGCAGAAUCAGUAUGCUCAGUAUUACUCCACCUCCUCCUACGGUUCCUACAUGACAUCUAACAGCUCAUUGGACGGCACAGGUUCUGUCUCCAGCUAUCAGCUGCAAGACUCCACCCCCAUCAUUACAGGCCAAGCAACUGACCUGAAUCCAGGUGAGUUUGAGGCGGGGCAGAGCCCAUCCACGCCAAUCAAGGAGAUGGAGGACCGGGCGUGCAGAGGGGGUGGGGCUAAAGCAAGGGGGCGGGGCAGAAAGAACAACCCCUCCCCACCACCUGACAGUGAUCUUGAGAGGGUGUUUGUUUGGGAUCUGGAUGAGACAAUUAUUGUCUUUCACUCACUCCUCACGGGCUCCUAUGCACAGAAGUACGGCAAGGACCCUCCUUUGGCUGUGACUCUUGGUUUAAGAAUGGAGGAGAUGAUCUUCAAUCUUGCUGAUACACAUCUAUUUUUUAAUGAUCUAGAGGAGUGUGACCAGGUGCACAUUGAUGACGCCUCUUCAGAUGAUAACGGACAGGACCUCAGUACUUACAGUUUUGCCACUGAUGGCUUCCAUGCAGCUGCAACAAGCGCAAGUCUCUGCCUAGCAACAGGUGUUAGGGGCGGAGUCGACUGGAUGAGGAAGUUAGCUUUCCGAUACAGAAGAGUCAAAGAGUUGUACUGCUCUUACAAAAACAAUGUUGGAGGGUUGCUGGGACCGGCUAAGAGGGAGGCGUGGCUCCAGCUGAGGGCAGAAGUUGAGGCUCUCACGGACUCCUGGCUGACCACUGCACUCAAGUCCCUGUCAAUCAUCAGCUCCAGGAGUAACUGUGUUAACGUUUUGGUGACAACGACACAGUUAAUACCUGCACUGGCUAAAGUGCUGUUGUAUAGCCUGGGCUCAGCGUUUCCAAUUGAAAACAUUUACAGCGCAACCAAAAUAGGUAAAGAGAGCUGUUUUGAACGUAUAGUAUCCAGGUUUGGCACUAACAUAACGUAUGUUGUGAUUGGCGAUGGGCGCGAUGAGGAGCAUGCAGCAAGCCAGCACAACAUGCCCUUCUGGCGGAUAUCCAGCCACUCUGACCUGCUUGCCCUCCAUCAAGCACUGGAAUUCGAGUACCUGUAACACUCAACACCUGUAUCAUAGGCCUUUUUUGUACAACUAUUUAAGAACAAGAGUACACUGCAAUCUCGUUUUGUCUUUUUGAUUCUUUUUAAGAAAACUCUGGCUUUUAAGAUAUUUCUGCACUGUCUUAAGAAGACUAGGACAGACUAGGAUGAGGGAAAAUGCGAUUUUAAUGGUCAAACCAGGCUUGUAAAGAGCUUACUAAGGUCUUACGUCACACACACUGCAUUUCAUGUCUGAAUGAGGCAAGUUCUUCGUCUUGAACCACAUAUAUCCUCACUCAUCUACAGGAAUCACAUUAUCUGUCUAUACAGUAGACUUCAUUUCCACUUAAACAACUCGAGCGCUGUACUCUAAUCAAGGAUCAUUUAGAAUAGACACAUAACUCAUGUAAAUUAUUUUACAGUUACUAGAUUUAACACUAAAGGACGCUGUUUUCACAUGGUAUCAUUUUGAGUUUGUUUUUUUGUAAGUUUUUGGCAAAAAAGUCUGUGUAUAAUUUGUUGUGCCUUAUGUAUUUGUGUGUCAGUUUUUAUUUUGAGAAUGUAUGUAGAUAUAAAAAAAAUGUAAACAUCU